GGCUGAGUCUGAAUACAGGUCCAAACAAGCUCAGAAAGUUGAGCUCCAGUCUGUUACGAUUCUAUUCCCGUUUCUUGUGGUGUAUCAGGGUGUAUCACAUCUUAAUACAUAUUUUACUUGUCAUCCGUAUUUGGGUCGCACUCUCAACUCUCUCAGUCUCCUGGAAUUAUCCCUUUGUGAGACUUGUGUCCAUACAUACUCCGCCUUUCCCCAACUCGCUGUCGGCAUUUAAAACACCCACUCGUUAUUGAGCCAGCUAUCUACCCUCCAGGAAACAUCUUUCGUUAGCAGCAUUUUAGAAUCGUUCCGUGUCUACUGAGAACUUUUCUCCCCUCCGCGCAUUUCCAGACCUUCAGGAAAGGUUGAUUGCUUGCCCGAUACAUACAUAAACUCGUUGCUUUCCAUCCUACCCACCUUCACUUCACACAAAAAAUCGCCUGUAUUGCAUCCCCCUCUGAUCUACGGCCCCAGCCAGAGUCUUGCCUCCUCAUCAUUACUUGAGUUAACCGACUCUAUUCCACUCCCUAGAAUUUAUUCUAUCCCUACAUUCAUAACAUUUCAAAAACCAUUUACAAGCUCUUAAACAUGUUCCACCUUACUAUCACCCCCUUCUUUUCAAUGGUGGCUCUCUUCUUGAUUAUUGUUGACCCAUCCAUCUCCCGGCCCUUAUCGCACCAAGCAGGUGUCUCGAAAUCUGCUUUCAGCCACCAUCGCUUUCUCCGCCGCUCCACACCAAGCUUGAGCUCUUCAUCGCAUCAUCGUCGCUCACUUGACGAACAGCAGGAUGAAUUUUUACCCUUCGGCCCCAUUUCCCUGGUAGAUGAUGAGUCGGAGAACUUCAAGCGCUCAAUCAAUCCCGAUCUAGACGAGCCCCAAGACGAUCCUUCUUUCGACUCCAUCGACCAGGAAAAAGACGACGCAGACAAGGCCUGGCAACAAUUCGUCGCGCCAACGCCCGACGAGGACCCGGACUCGUACCCUGAUUCUUUUGCCCAGGAUGAUGCUUCAGAUUCUUCCUGCUCCACGGGGACCAACGCUUCCAAUGUCACUCCUAAGAACUCGCCAAAGUUAGUUGCUUCCAAUGAGAAGAACAAAGUCAAGUCCCCAUCAAGCCAAGACGCAGGAGAUUACAAGCCCCAGAAGCCCAAAGACUCCGGAUCCGACAAGCCAAAAGAUUCCGAAGCCUCGAAGAAAAAAGAAGCCGAGGCCGCCCAGCAAAAGGAAGCCGAGGCCGCUCAGCAGAAGGAAGACGAGGCCGCCAAGCAAAAAGAGGCCGAGGCCGCUCAGCAAAAGGAAGCCGAAGCUGCCAAGGAAAAAGAAGCCGAGGCUAACAAGGAGAAGAAAGCCGAGGAAGACAAAAAGAAGGCCGAGGAGCAAAAGAAGAAGGAUGCCGAGGCAGCGAAGAAACAAGCAGACCAAGCCAACGGUGCCGAAGAAGCCAAAGAUCAGCAGGCAGUCCAGCAACCCUCGAAGUCCCAAGACGGCACGGUGACAGACGUCCAACCGAUCCCGGGUACCUCUGUCACCACUGGAACGGUCCACAAAGACCACAAGGGAGAUUCUUAUUCAACGCCCUCGGCUGAGGUACAUACCGGGGAUGCCACUUAUUAUCAGCCCGAUUUGGGUGCGUGUGGUUUGACAAACACCUCAAGCGACAUGAUCGUCGCGGUCUCCAAACUCCUGUACGACUCGUUCCCAUCCCAGGGCGGAAACCCAAACACCAACCAGGUGUGUGGUAAGAGGAUUCGUGCUACCUAUAAGGGUAAAUCCUGCGAGGUUACUGUUGUUGAUCGGUGUGAAGGCUGUAAGCAUGAUGACCUGGAUUUCACAAUCACGGCUUUUGAAAAGCUUGGCAGCAAGGAUGAAGGACGACUUCACGGUAUGACUUGGACCUUCAUCUAAAGAACUCCCCACUGCUCUGGUCGAUAUCACCGCUCCUUCGCUCGCAAUUUCGUUACAAUUUUUGGGUUUUCGGAUGUAUUUCUUUUGCUCUGUCAUUUUGUUGAUUUGUUUCUCUGUACUUCACAUUCCUCUUGUUAUUUCCCUCAUCAACCUCCAGCAGGCUCUGAUUCCCAACACUGGUCUGUUUUCUGCAUCUCUCACCUACUUGGUACUUUUCCUCUCUGUCUAUACCAUUCCGGAUCUCUCUCCUGAUUCCUACUAUUUCGCAGAUUCUCUAUGAGAAACACCACCCGCUUAAGUCGUUGCUAGAUAUUCCCUUUUUCCCUCUUUUCUUCGUUUUGGUCUGCUUGAAGUAGAAUUGUUUUGCUUGUCUUUCUUUUUUACGUAUCUUGUAUAUGUAAAUGUACGAAGCAUAUGCACGUACCACUAAGAAACGAAUCAAACAAAAACCUCGUUUGCGCUUUUUUUGUAUCUUCAUGAUAUUGCACUUGUGUGCGCGAUGUCAAUCACAACUUUUUGGCAUUGGCCGCGCCAACUACAAG